AUGGCUUCUUUAUCAUCUCCUUCUAAUAAGGGUUCUUUCGUAGUGAAAAGUUCUUUGAUUGAGCCAGAUGGGGGUCAAUUGGUGGAUCUUGUGGUGCCAGAAAUCCAAAGAGCAGCCACAGUUUCAGAGGCUGAGACAAUGCCGAAGGUGAGGCUUACAAAGAUUGAUCUUGAGUGGGUUCACGUUAUUAGUGAGGGUUGGGCUAGCCCACUAAAAGGGUUCAUGAGAGAAGAUGAGUAUUUGCAGAGUUUGCAUUUCAAUUGUUUGAGAAUGAAAAAUGGGAGUGUUGUGAAUAUGUCCCUUCCUAUUGUGUUGGCCAUUGAUGAUGAGGUUAAGGAAAGAAUUGGAGUGUCUAAUAAUGUUGCAUUGACUGGUCCUAAUGAUGAUUUGGUUGGCAUUCUUAGAAGCAUUGAAAUAUACAAGCAUAACAAAGAAGAGAGAAUUGCUAGAACAUGGGGUACCACAGCUCCUGGAUUACCUUAUGUUGAAGAGGUAAUUACGCCUGCUGGAAAUUGGCUCAUUGGUGGAGAUUUGGAAGUUUUACAGCCUAUCAAAUACAAUGACGGCCUCGAUCACUACAGACUUUCUCCACAACAACUGCGCAAAGAAUUUGAUAAACGCCAAGCAGAUGCGGUUUUUGCUUUUCAGCUAAGGAAUCCUGUGCAUAAUGGUCAUGCUUUGUUAAUGAAUGAUACUCGCAGGAGACUUCUAGAAAGAGGGUACAAGAAUCCAAUUCUUUUGCUUCAUCCAUUAGGAGGUUUCGUAAAGGCUGAUGACGUGCCACUUGAUGUUCGUAUGGAACAACAUAGCAAGGUACUAGAAGACGGGGUUCUUGAUCCUGCGACUACAAUUGUAGCUAUUUUUCCCUCACCAAUGCAUUAUGCUGGACCAACUGAAGUACAAUGGCAUGCAAAGGCACGGAUAAAUGCAGGUGCUAAUUUCUACAUUGUAGGUCGUGAUCCUGCUGGUAUUGGCCACCCAAUAGAAAAGAGGGAUUUGUAUGAUCCGGAUCAUGGGAAGAAGGUGCUAAGCAUGGCUCCAGGUCUGGAGAAACUAAACAUCUUGCCAUUCAGGGUAGCUGCAUAUGAUACUGUAGAAAAGAAGAUGGCUUUUUUUGACCCUUCACGCGCUAAAGAAUUUCUCUUCAUAUCGGGAACCAAGAUGCGGACUUACGCGAGAAACGGUGAAAACCCUCCUGAUGGAUUUAUGUGUCCUGGAGGAUGGCAAGUAUUGGUGAAAUACUAUGAGAGCUUGCAGGCUGAGGAUUCACCACAGAAGCAAACUGUUCUAUCUGCUUAG